ACACCAAUAGAAUUUCAAAACCGCCAAGAAGGCAUAGAAGAAGACGCCACUCAUAAGAUGGGAUACUUCACAUUCACACACUCUGGAAAGAUGGCAAAGUUAUGUGCUCAUGAAGUAGCAUUUUCUCUCAUCUUGAUGUUGCUCCUGUCAUAUAUUCCGACUCAGGCAACGGAGGAGCAGACGAAAACGACGGAGUUUGACGUGAGACCGGGUGGAGUGGUGCACAGCUUUACCGACUCCAUUGAAGGGUAUGAGUGCUCCUUCUCCUUCGCCGCGCAAGGAGGAACCAACGAGAAAUGGCUUAUGAGUGUGGGCCUCAGUGGGGACAAGAAACUGUUUUCAUGCUCUGUGUGGAGGCCUACGGGGAAAUCAUACCUGUUUUUCACUCAGUUCAAAAUGGAGUUGAAAGGCACCAAAAUUGAACAUGCAAAUGCUUUCUCUCAAGCAGCAGUGCCAGCGGGACAGAGUGACGUGGCUCUUCCUCCAGAGGAAUACACCGUAGGAGAGUCCGCAGUGACCCACACGGAAGGACAGUUCAACGCUCAACUCUCCAAGCUGACGGCUAUCGGACGCACGCGGCACCAGGAGCUGUGAGCGAGCUCGCGAGAUCACGUGACUCUCGACGAGCGUCGGCCAUCUUUCCCAGCAGCUCGCUAGCAAACGGAGGAUCCACUUUCAGAGAGAAUUGCAGACUUGUUUAAGAAUAAUAAUAAUAAUAAUAAUGAAGAAGAUGAUUACUGGAUAUCUAACCCUUCCAAACAAUAUCGAUAUCCGUCUGAUGUCUUCCUUUACAUUUUUAGUUGCAUUUUACAAUGCCACUCGUGGAUCUUACUGUGUUGUAAUCCACUGGGGCCAUUCCAUGGGGGGAUAUAGUAUAUAGAUACACAUUCUAGAUUGCAUAUUAACAGUCAGGGAGUACUGUAAUUCCCAUCAUCAUCACGUUCCUCUAUCUGACUUCACACAAGCUUGCAGCGUAUUAGAAUGCAGCACCAAUCACCUCGACUUGGUAACUUUCUGGGGGGUGUUUUUAGCCAAAAGGGAUACUUGGAAAGGGGAGCUUAUAUAUUGCUAAUAUAUAACCGAAGAGGGCUGGGUGUGAUUUUGAUAAAUCUUGACUCCGAACUUGUUUAGAAAACUACAAAAUGUAUCGCUUUGCAACAAAACAAUGAUGCGGUGUUUAUACCUUCUUUCCUUAGCUCUCAUUUCUCCCAGGAGGUCUGUGUAGGUUGAGGAAACGUUUUAGCGGGGUCCUAACAGGAAGUAAACCACAUCCGGGUGAUGGCUGAAAAAGAAACACACACCCAAAAAAAUAGUUUUUACGGAGCAACCGAGGGAAAAAUAUGGGUUUAAAAGAGACGAAUUUUUGUGAGAACUCGCAACAUUUAUGAAAAUGGGUGGAAGUACAUAUUUUAAAUUCCGUCUUCAGCAUUUGUGCAUCUCUCACUGCACUAUUGUAGCGUUAUAAAGUGAUACUGUGAUACUGAACAAAAUGUCACUUCCGUGAUAGUUAUUAGUCUUUUGAAAAUAAAAGACUUGACAUCCGGUCCUGGCUAGUGUGACUGGAGACAUCUGGUGCUGGAGAGAAAAUACAUUGAUUAGUCAUACAUGGGGUUCUUUCACUUGUAUGUACUGCUUUCCUAUAAGCAACCGUAUCAGAAACUCAACGAAUGUGCUACUCUUAAUUUGAAGUUUCACCCGCUCUGAACACGGAAGUAGCGGGAGUACAAUGCUCUAUUAAUGUAAACAGUUUGGAAGUUUUUUUGUAACUAUUUUUUUUCUCUAUUUCUCUCGGGGGGUAUCUCUAAUUCGCGCACGGUUGCCCUUUCUACAAUUUCUGUUGUAAUUCCUGACAGGUGACUCAAUAAACUUUUUUAUGAGAA